CUUGACAACAGAAGUGUGAGGCACACGGUCAAGUUUUGAAGAUCUACCAACAUGGACAUAACCACAGGGUUGGAAGGCUCACAUGAGUUCACAGAAUCAUUUGAAUCUGAUAACUGGACAUAUGAUUUUGAUGAAGUGGAGACCUUCUGCGAUGAGGAGCAUGAGGUGGACCUGAAGACCUUUUCUACCAUCUUCCAGCCUGUGUUUUACAGCAUGAUCCUUCUCUUCGGCGUGGCAGGGAACGGCCUGAUGAUAACAGUCCUCCUGAGACGUUGGCGCGUGCUGCGGAUCACAGAGAUCUACCUACUGCACCUCGCCCUGGCCGACCUCAUGCUACUGUUCACGCUUCCUUUUGAAGUGACUGACAUCACCGCCGGUUGGGUAUUUGGGAAUUUUCUGUGCAAGGUGAAUGGCCUGUUAAAUAGUCUGAGUUUCCUUUGUGGAAGUUUACUACUAGCUUGCAUUGGCUUUGAUCGGUAUUUGGCCAUCGUUCAUGCCAUCCCCAGCAUGCAGUGUCGACGGGUGAGAACAGUGCAGCUAAUAUGCAUCGUUCUGUGGCUGAUCUGUUUUGGCUUAGCCAUACCCGAGAUCGCGUUCCUUUCUGUAGGAAAGACUUACGAGAACUCAUCCACGUCCUCCUGUGACUAUCAUGAUUUCUACAUUCAUGGAAAUAACUGGGUUAUGGCCAAAAGAGUCCUACAUCACGUGUGCUUUUUCUUCCCUCUGGCUGUCAUGUGUUACUGCUACACGGCACUAAUAAUUACUUUGUGGCAUGGUCAGAAAAGCCAAACAAAAAAAGGAGCCAUUCGACUGGCUUUACUCAUCACCAUCGUGUUUUUCAUCUGCUGCCUACCAUACAAUGUCACGUUACUGAUACAAACUCUGGUAGACCUGAAGCUUUACAAGUAUGAAACCUGUCGAGAUUUUAUGUUACUGAAACCAGUUCUGGAGGCGACAAAGAGCCUGGGUAUCUUGCACUGCUGCCUGAACCCUUUCUUGUACGCCUUUGUGGGGGUGCGGUUUCGCAACGAGCUAAUACACCUACUUUGCCAGCUCGGCUGCAGACGCCUCUGUCUGCCCUUCUUGAGAGCUCCGGGCCCCUAUCGGCCUUCCAUUUCUGAGGGAAACACAACCGUCAGCAGUGUCCUCAUCUGAACCUCUCUGCUCUGUUGUAUUAUACUUCUGUUAAUCCACUUGUAAUACUGGAAAAUGCUAUAACUUUAUCUUGCGUUCUGAUAAGAUAUUACUUGUUGUUAUUUUGACUGUGUUUUAUUCACCCAGACAAGAAAAAAAAAAUUAAAAAAUGCUGGCUUAAAACCUGUAUUGGAGCUACUGCUUACCGAAAUCAAUAAAGAUUUUAUUAUUAUGCACCAACCGAGUCCUCUUCUUAUUAAAUAACAAAAACACAAUAACCACAUUAGGUAUCAGUAUUAUUCUUAUUAUUUUAGACUCCUAUUAAAACACAGUUAUACAGAACAACUGCAAACAAUCACAAAUCGCAUCUUAUUUACAGCAAGUAUAUAUUAUAUGUAUAUUUAUAUAUAUAUGUAUAUAUAUAUAUAUAUAAUUCCUUUGCACAACAGUUUAGCAGUUGGAGAAAAUAAAUCAAUGAUAUUAAAACAAAUAGAAAUUUGAGGCACUCCUCUCCUGACCGCCACUGUUCCCACAACAAAUACACACAUUUUUGAAAUGUACACAUUUUACAGUUUUUUUAGAAAAUGGCUUCAAAUUUGUUAUUGAACAGUGUUACAGUGUUUUUAAAUAUUCCAUUUGUCAUCAGUUGUAAUCCCAAAUUUGAAGAUCACUGAUUUGUUUUGUUUUUUUUUGUUUGUUUUUGGUGUUUUUUUAAAUUAUUUUUUUAUAGCAAUUCUUUUCAAACAACUACAAGGAUAACAUUAAA